AUGGCCGCCGCACGCGACCUUGCCGGCAACCAGCCCGGAUCCACCCGCGUCUGCGUCGGGGAAGACGUCGCCUUGUCGGACGUCACAGGCGUCUACGACCGCGACGACUCCCUCAAGGAGAACACCAACCCUAAAUGCAUCAUCGUCAAGAACUGCCCUGGCCACAAGGCCGGCAACGGCGCGGCGCAGCGGUUCCCGGGCAACCUGAAGCCUACGGCGGCGCCCAUCAUCGGGAUCUCCGGAAACCUCGGCCAGGGGUGUGCCCGGCGGCACCGCCCACCUGCGAUGUUCCCAAAGAAUAGUAGGCGUGUAGAUUUGCCAGAAAAAAAAGCGUGUAAGAUGAGGAUUGAGUUUGAGGAAAAUGUUCACAAUAUUAAAAGAAUAUUCGAGAAUUUUGAAAAAUGUUCACCAAAUUCAGAAAAUGUUCACGUUUUCCAGAAAAUGUACACAAUUUCUAGGAAUGUUCGUGAAUAUGAAAACUGUUCAUGA